AUGAUGCAGAAAAAGCUGUUCGAUUUCUACACAGUCAUAUCUAACUCUCCAUUACUAAAAACUUUCUAUGAGGACUGGGCGCUGUUACGACAAGAAGAAAUCGUGCAGCUUACCGGAGCUCUGCUUGGUUUGUCAGUGGUGGACUGCAAUCUUGUUCUUGAACAUGAUCACCUUCAGGAGCAGCCGCUUAGCGUCGAUUUAUCUCUGUACAUCCGUAUACCUACUAUCCCUACCGAAGGUGAAAAUAUGGCUUCUGCAAAUGGAACUGCUAAUCACAAUAAAGAGAAGAAAAUGCUGCUGGAUCAGAAUAAUUAUCUCGAAGAGAGGAAUAGACAACUUCAGUGUAACGUGGAUAAUUUGAAGAGGAAGCUAAGUGCAUUGGAAAAUGGCCACGAUAAGAACGCGGUUGUUAUGGAUCGAGAGCUUGUCUCAUUCAAAAAUAUUGAUCGUGCUGAAGAUAGUAAACCAUCUGGAAGUAAGGAAAAAGAGUGGGAAGAAGAGCGAGAGCGAUUACUAGGACAGGCAAGUUUCUUCUCUGGGAUAGUGGAGCGAGAGGAUUCAUUACGAAUUGUUCAACAGCAACUUGUAGACACGAAGAAGAUCAAUACGGACUUAUACGAUAAGUUGAAGUUAGCCGACGAGAAAUGGCGGAAAUUGGAAAAAGAUCUGUCAAGAAUUCGAGAACAAUACGCGGAGAUUGAUCGGAGGGCAGAGAGCGAGUUUUUGAAGAAAACCAUCUCGAAUCUAGAAAUGUCAAAUGCUAUGCUGCAGGAAAAUGUUCAAAAAAGGAACGAGAAUGACCAAGUAAUUAGGGCCGAGCUUGAGAAGAAGUACGGCCAGCACACUGAAUUGGUUGGAGCCCUGCAGGAAAAAGCAGAACGCUCUUGCUCAGGUUCGAAACUUCGCAUGUUGGAACUAGCAGAGGAAUUGCUACCGCUUCCCGAUGCCCAUUGGGCGAAUGACCGCUGA